UACUUCAUCCAAUUGUUAAAUUAAUUCAUAACCAAAAGUCAAUUUUCCUAUUGCCCAAUUAUAUUACUACAUUUCGACACCCUUAUAAAUAUCAAAAACUCACCACCCAAAAAUCUCUAUUGUCAUUCAAUUUACACAAACACUUCAACAUAAGCAUAUUUCUUCAUAAAUCAUACAUAAGCAUAUAUCUUCAUCUUCUUAAAAAAAACACUUCAUCUUCUCUUUCAUACUUUUUUUUUUGUUUGUUUUUCUCUGAUGACGGAUUCCACAUCUAUCAGUAGUCAUUGGAACAAUAACUAGCGAAUAUUUUUGGAGAAAAUCCGCACACGCCAAAGACAAAUAUAAUAUUUUUAUGGGAAAUUGUUGUGGGGCAGCAUCGUCGAUGGAGUGGGCCGGAGAAGAUUGGGGUUCAUUGACAUCAAAGCACAAGAGUAAAAUGAAUUCAAGCAAGGUGUUUGAUGAAGUUCAUGGGUUGAGUUUGGGGAAUAUAGAAAAAGAAAAGCUUUUAGGUGCACUUAGAGCUUCUUCAGAUGCAAAUGGGAAAGUAAAAAUAAAGAUAUCAAAGAAAGAGCUUGCAGUGUUGUUGGGAGGAACAGAGAAACAAGGUGUUGGAGGAACAGGACAUGCUUCUGCUGAACAAGUUUUGGUUGGUUUGUUAAAUGCUAGAGAUCAUGUCAAUGAGAAUCAUGAUCAUGGACAUCAUAGGCAAUGGAAACCUGUGUUGCAAAGUAUUCCUGAGAUUAAUUAAUUAUGUUCAGAAUUGGUGGUGCUGUGUAGAGUAGAUUUUUGUUUGAGAAGGGUUUAGAUUUGUACUUUUACAAAAUAUCAUCUAAGCUACUCAGCAAUUUUUUUAUUUCUUCAUGUUUUUGAUCACCUUGUAUUUUCUUGUAAGAUAUAUAAAGAGGUUGAGAAUGUGUGAUUUGUAUA